CUCCACUCACUUGUCAACGGCUACAAAUACUUCUUUACACAUUUUACUGAGAUCAUUUUACUUAGAUAUUUUUCUCACAUGGAUAAUGUCUGGCACUGUCUGGCUCUGUCUGACACUUUUUAGUAUAGCCUACAUACAUUAUUUUACCUACAUUUCUGUCAAAUAAUAAGGGUGUUUAUUGGAAACUUAUUGCAAUGUGUAUAACAUUAUUUUGUUUGUUGCUACAACUCUGGGUGUCAGUUGCUCGAUAGCUGUGGUACGGUUGAGGGCAGCAGUGAACACCCUCAUCCCAGUAGUUUUUUUGUGUGCACUUGUAUCAUCUGGCAUCAUAUAGUGUCUUUGAUGUAGUACACUACAGUUUAAGUCAACCGUGCUGCCCCACAACAGGUUUCUCUUUCACCAAGACCGAGCUCAGAUAUUCUGUCAUCUCUGCUUCUCUGUAUGACUGUGUCCCGCCCAGUGGCUGUUAGCGUCCAUUGCUUCUAACUACCACUCAAAAGGUAUGACUUCCUCACUAGAGCUACCAGUCCCCUCCAUAAAGGCACAUUCACAUCGGCCUUGUGCUGAAAUACUGAAAGGAGGGCUGCUAUGCUCAUGUAACGGAGGUAAGAAAGUGACAUACGCUUACUCCACAUAACUAGCUUAAAUGUCGCCAAUGGUGCUAUCGUAUCCGAUCAUUUUCUAUAGAGCAACUGGUUGGUAAGUUGUCAAGGAGGGCGGUCGCGUGUGUUUGCGAUGAGAGCGUGACUGGUUUGAGCCCAGUAAGGGGAUGCAGGGACAGUGGAGGAAGCAAAGCUGUUAGCAGCACACUGGUUUAGGUUUCACUGACAGAGAUGGCUGUUAACACCUUCACUGCUGUCCAAUAUCAACUGGAAAUUGAAAGGACACUAUAGGCAUCUGAGUCACAGACCAGGAGUUAGCCAUUACAAUUCCUCCACUCACCUGUCAACAGAUACAAAUACAGAAUUCUAAAGAUACAGAAUUUGACUUAGAUAUUUUAUUCACAACAAUGAUACAAAGACUCUGACACUUCUUAAUGUAGCCUACAUAUCACCUCCACUUUGAUUAAAGCGUUCACAAUUCUACCUAUGUUUCUGUUUUAUGUAAACUUACUGCAAUGUGUACAGUUUUGUUUUAGCUGUUGCUAUACCUCUGUGAACUCCUUAGCUGACAAUGGGUAUCAGUUGCACGACAGCUGUGGUACUGGUGUUAGUAUAAUGGAUGUCACGCUUCUUGCUUAGCGAGUACCACUUCCUGAUUCGGCUCACACAGAGGCUCAAACCCAGGAUCUCUUGUUUUCUAGCACAUGUGACCACCCGCCCGAAGCGUCUUACCAGUCACGCCACACAAAAAGCUAGCUAUAUGGUGGCACAAAGUGGGGAGACUUCAGGGUGAGGAGUAAGUUUUACAUAUCCCCCAUGUGCUACAUUAGAAGCUGUCUUGAGACAGCAACCGUGGACACCCUCAUCUCAGUAGCUCUUUGUGUGUGCAGUUGCAUCAUAACUUUCUAGAUAAUUUCCAUGUAAACCUUCUGAAGACACAGCCAAAGAAAACACAAAAUAUUUCAAAAAUCUUUUAGCACUGUCAUUGUCACUCCUCAGUUCUCUAGUUCCAUUCACAUUAAUGAAAGAUUUCCAUGGAAGUUGGCAUCACUCGACACUGCAGCCAUGGGAUAGUGAACCAAUCAAAAGUGGAUUGAAGAGUAGCCUUUUCCCCGUAACCCAAUCAGCAUUGUGUAUGCAUGAGCCACUCCCACACCCUGCCCUUACAUGGCACAGAGGACUGGCCAAGGUCUACAGAUGGAUGUAAAGGCUGCUAGUUCAGAGACAACAGGGCCACAAUACUAAGACCACUACAACUAUUACUACUACUACUACAACAGAACCACAACUACCAAGAGCACUACUACAGAACCAGGAGGGGAACAGCUUCCGACUUGUCUCAGGUAAGAUUCGAUUACUAAUCAUAAUUUUAGAUUAAAUCAAUGGAUAUUGAAUUUAUCAAGCACAAUAACAUAUUUUUUUCGUCACAAUUUCAGAUUGAAUAGUGCUAGUUGUAGAACGCACUGAUAUCAAAAGACGUAAUCCCUUCCAAUGAUUGCAUAAAACAUGGUACAUUCAUCAAUAUUCUGAGAAGAGUAUUCAUUUCCAUCUAAUGUGUGACAUAUAAGGUUUUUUAAACUCCAGUUUCAGAACUGGACAGCAACCAUCUGCCAAUAGCUGCAGCAGAAUACUUAUAAUGUUCUGUUUGUUAAAAAUAAGGGGCAUAAUGUUGUGCCCCAAUGUUGUAGAGAGUCAGCCGAUGUUCAAAGAGCAGACUGUAAUCUGUUCUUCAGCUGUACGACAAUAUUCUAUUAUUAUUCAGCUAAAUUCCAGAUGCAGUUGCAGAAUGUGCGUACACACUCACAUGUUUGUCAAAGAUUCACGAGGCUGCUUUGUGGAUAUUCUGAAUACAAGUCAAAGAAAAUCACCCCACAUGAUUGAAAUGCAAUAAAGUUGGCACGACUUGCAGACAUGAGCGAUGUAAAUACUAAAAUACUCUCUUCUCUCUCUCUAGGACGACAGUGAAGUCGUAUGUGUAGCAGCAUCUAUGGACAAGGAGACAGUGGUCAUAAUCCUACAAGGCAUGGAGAAGGUCUCCUCCUUCGCCGCCACCAUCAACCCACUCUUCGACAUAGUCACUGCAGUGGUGAAGGUGACAAAGGACCUGGUCGCCAAAGACCUCACCCAAGACCUGGACACCCAACAAUUGGGCCACAUCCACGCCAAGCUGGAAAGCAUCUCCAAGACAAACCAGCAGAUUCUGAAGCAGAUUCACCUGAACGAGGUCAAUGAGAAGUACAGCAAGUAUGAGGAGUAUAUCAAGCACCAGUACACCGCUCUCAACACCAUGGUGAAACAGUUCAAUAACGACCCUGAGGGAAGAGAGCGCCACAUGAAGGAUUUCCAUGAAGUCUAUGAGAGAGACAAGGAUACCCUUGCUCUAGACACAUACUACAGUGUCAUAAAAGAGAAUACAACUUUUGAACAAAGGGGUUUGCUGGAGGUGUACCUAGAGCACUACAAGCAAAACCGAGACGUCAUGGAGAAAAAGUGUUCCCAACUGGCUAAUGUCUUUCACAUGGGCCUGAUGACACUAAUGGCAUAUACGGUGGUCACAGAGGAUGAUGAGGUUGAAGUCAGGGAGAAAUGGGCCCCCAGGGUGAAGAAGAUUCAGGCCAAGAUGGAUGAGGCGCUGGCCCAGUGUGAGGGGAACUGAUCCUCAUCCACUCCCAGGGUCGGGUGGGCAUAUGAGGGCUUUAAAGGGAUACUUUGGGAUUUUGGCAAUGAGGCCCUUUAACUACUUCACCAGAGUCAGAUGAACUCAUGGGUACCAUUUUUAUGUCUGUGUCCAGUAUGAAGGAAGUUAGAGGUAGUUUUGUGAGUUACUGCUAACUAGCAUUAGUGCAAUGACUGGAAGUCUAUGGGUAUCUGCGAGUCAUCUAACUGUGGGAAAGUAGAUAAAGGGCCUCAUUGGCAAAAUCCAGAAGUAUCCCUGUAAGGUUAAAAGCUGUUUGGAGACUAGUCCUCUUCCCUCAAUUUAAAAAGAAAAGUAAUUUCCUUUUGGGUGGUGGGCGAUAUUCUUUGUCAAUGAAUGGAAUGGAUUAAAUCUAGAUUGAUCAUAGCAAAAUAUUAUACAGUGUUGCACUUCAGCCCUCAUGUUUUCAAUUUACCACUGCCGACUCUGUCGUUUAUUUUCAGAAAUGAGUCUGAAUGCAUACUUUAUGGUAACCUUGUAUAUCAUUGUUUUUUCUUCCUUCGAUUAAGUGUACUUUUUCUAAAUAAAUGCUUUUUUUGCACUUGUUAUUCAUUUUUAUGCUCUUACAUGGAGUUAUGUAAAUGACACCAAUGGUGAUAAAAUGUAGUCCACUUUAUAAGGUUCGAAACACUUACACAGAGAAUGUUACAAAGCGUACAACAUACUGAUGAAGUUGAUUUUCAACAGUGUUGGCCAGUGUUCAUUUCAAACUAUUUACAGAGUUACAGAAACUCAUUGAGUGUAAUUUAAAAAAAAAAUGUUUUAUUUAACUAGGCAAGUUGGUUAAGAACACAUUCUUUUUUAACAAUUAUGGCCUACCGGGGAACUGCCUUGUUCAGGGGCAGAACAACAGAUUUCUUUUACCUUGUCAGCUUUGGGAUUCGAUCCAGCAACCUUUCGGUUACUUGCCCAACGCUAUAAGCACUAGGCUACCUGCCGCCCCUAAAAAAGCUAAAAACACUUUCGAAAGUGUAACAUUAACUCUGUGUAGUGUGGAACAAUAUAGAUACUUUUUUGUCUUAAGUGUAACACUAUUAGAGUUUAAAACAUUCACUUUUCUUUUUUUAAGAACUUGUCAAUAGAUUGCUCUACUCUCUCUCUCU